CCUACCUUUUUUAACCUCGAAAACUUGUUUACAAAAUUAAAAACGCCAAUUCUUGAAAGAAAAUUAAUUUUAAAAUGAACAAUGGCCCUCGUUUACAAACUAUUGGACACUAUCAAGCUCACCGGACAUCCCCAAACCAACUUUGCCUGCGGCAUGUCAGAAGAUGACCAAAUUUUCAUUUUAUCUGAAGCCGGAGUUUACAUCGUAACUUUAAAACCGAAUUUAAAUAGCAACUUCGCACAAUUCUCCUGCAAAAAGUCCUUCUUUAAAUGCUCCGAUUAUUCGUUAUGCGACAACGUCGAUUUGAAUUUUAACGAUUUCUUCUACGAACUUCCAAGAGAGAUGCUUUAUGAAAGUAUCGCCCGUAUAGAAUUAUCAGCAAAUUUAAUAAGGUCUACCCCUGUCGAGCCCCAUGUAACUGAAGCACACUGGUCUGGUUUAAGUAUUUCAGGCGAACCGAAUUGUUUUCUUGGCAUUCUAACAAAUUUAUACAGUUUAGAAAUAUACUUACGAACAGUUAACGAAACUAACUUAACCGAGUACUGUGUGGUUUUGAAUCUAACCAAAGAAUUAAUAGAAAUAAGAAGAGGACAUUUUGUUUACAGCAAUAAACUGCCCCCAAUACAGAAAUAUAAUGAAUUUAAGAAAAGGAUUGAGUUUAUAGCUCCUAUAGCGUUCUGUUGGAGUCACAGUUUUUUAUCUAAUUCAAAGUCAUGCAGUAUAAUAUUUAUCGCUCAUUUGCAUGGAUUUGUGAGCAUUUUGAGGAUUUUUAAUUUAGAACAUGAUGAAACAGUGGCUAAAUAUGAAUUUUUGGGUCGAUUUGCUACAAAUUUAGGAGAUAUAUCAACUCUAUACUGGCACCAAACUAGUGCUUAUGAUGGAGCACUAUGCUUAGGUGAUAGAGAUGGUAAAGUAUCGAUUGUUCAUGUCGCAGACAUAGAUAAAAAUGACUGUAUAUUUGAGAAUGAAGUUGAAUUUUGCAAAGAAAAGGAUCACAGUGUAGAUAAAAUAACUGUUAUGAAUUUCGAAGGGUAUACGGUCUUGAUAGCUGUAAAACAAUGCUAUUUAUUUUUUUAUGCGUUGAAUGAGAAUGGGAAACUCAUAGAUGUAGCUGUACAUAAUGUAAAUAACUUAUAUAUUACAGGAUUGUCUCAUAGGAAAAAUAAAUUGAAGGUACUGACUUUUACAGGCAUUUUCAAGCAUUUAACUAUAAGUGUACAUUUUAACAAAAUUUAUGUUGUUGACAAAGAGAUUCAAAUGAAACUGGAUACCGCUGGUUUUAGGACUCAUGGCUUUAUUGAAUCAAAAAAUAACGUUAUAACUGGAGUUCUCCUGAGUCCAUACAGGUUUUCAAAUUCAAUAGAUUCAAAACAGCCAGAUAGUUUCCAUAUUUUCCAGAAUACACAACUGAAUCCUCUAAAAUUACUCUGGGAAAAUGAGAGUGAAUCCUUAACCAAUCAUUGGGAUUGUUUAGAAACACUUAGGAUGGUUUGUUUAAAAGAACAAAGGUUUCCCUGGUUAGGCAUAGACCCAGAUCUCAACUAUGACACUUUAUCACUUCACAAACUCAAAACUUUGAGACUGAUCGCUCAAAUGUCUGAAACGGUUUUUUCAGUGGUCAAGGAAGUUAGAAGUUAUGAUAUUAAACCAUACAUUUUAAUACAUUAUUUGGUUGAUAUUAAACUGAUUACUAAAAGACUAAAUAAAUUGUUUAGUCAGAUGAAUUCGGGAAAAAAACUCAGUGAUUUUCAGAUGAGAAGCAUUGAACUACAGUUGUUCUUCUUGAAGGAAACUGUACUAAAUGGGAUAUUAGCCAAAGCUGAGAUAGGUGAAAAUUUUAUAAAGGAUAUAUCACAUGUUUUGAGUAUAGGCAAUGAGAUAGAGUUUCCUGAUAUGGUGCCAUGCCAGUUUUGUGGUGAAAAGUUAAUAGGUCCUACAUGCGUUCCACCUCACGCUGACUCCCGAUGUUGCUUUACAAUGCACCAAAUUUUCGUGACGCCCACUCACAGAUGCAACAACUGUGACUCUGUGGUUCACAAAGAGGCCCUCCUAGAAUUAACGCGGCCCUUGUGUCCUUAUUGUGACAUACCCCUGCAAAAAAUUACUCUAGCUAGCCCUAUGAAGAAGUGUAUCGAAGAACUGGAGGAAACUUUUGAGGUUAGGUCAGAGUGUAUGUCCGAUUGUAUGAAGGAAAAGUUAGAAUUAGAGGAUAUAGAGGAGAAUGACGUUGAAUUAUUGGUGGUUAGUGAUGAUGAAGAGGAAACCGUGGAGGACGCUUUGAAGGAAAUGUAUUUUAGAGUGUCUAAGUUAAAUUUUGAAAAUGAUGAAAAUGAUACUAUUAAAUCUGAGAAUUCGAAGACAUAGAUUAUACCAAUCCAAUACAAUGGUUAGUUCAAUAUGUGAUAUUUUGUUUUAACGUUUUUUUUUGUAAAAUAAAAUAACAUAGGAUAUAAAUAAAACCCAUAUUUUAGUA